UUUGGGUUGUUUUUUGGGGUUUUUGGGCCGUUUCUGAGCCCCCCGUGCCCCCAGUUUGCCGUGCUGGGCCGCCUGGCGCACAGGGGGGGUUUUUGGGUUGGUUUUUGGGGUUUUUGGGCCGUUUCUGAGCCCCCCGUGCCCCAGUUUGCCGUGCUGGGCCGCCUGGCGCACGAGGUGGGCUGGAAGUACCGGGACGUCACCGAGGCCCUGGAGGAGAAGAGGAAGGAGAAGGCCAAGCUGCGCUACAGCAAGAAGAGGAAGAUGAUGAGCCUGCGCCGCCGCGCCGAGCGCAACGCGGAGAAGAAAGCGGCGCCGUUCACGGCCGUGCUGCGCCAGCACGGGCUGCUGCUCUAAUAAACCAAACUGGGACAAA